AUGGCGGAGCCGGAACGGGAGCAGCGCCCGCUGCUGGAGGUAGAGCAAUCUGUCACAUCCAUACCGGAAGAUCAUGAAGCCACAUGUUGGGGCUGUGGGCUCCGGCUUGUUUUCACGAGUUACUCUCCUAUCUAUAAGUGUGGCUGGUGUGGAGCCAUUACGCAAAGCAACCAGACCACAAGGAAACCUGAUAGUAUAUGGUUUUCCCACUGGAGGCGCCUACGGGACAGAUUCUUUGUCACUGUGCUCAUCCUCUUCAUGCUCUUUGUUAUAUGUGGUGGGGUCUGGGCGGUAUAUCCUAUUGUUUUCAAAAUCAGCAACUUCUGUGGCAUCUUUCACUGCAUGGCGCACCAACAAGCAUACGGUGGGGCAGCUAUCCCAUGGUUGGGAAAAGGGAUCUUGAGAACUAUACUUUUUGUACAUACUGUAAUAAACCAAAGCCCCCCAGAGCACAUCACUGCCGAUCUUGUAAAAUGCUCUGCCUUCUUCUUGUCAGCAAGGGGUCUAGUUCUGGUAUAUCUAGCAUUCGCUAGUUUAUCAGUCAAUGCUGGUAUAGGUGUAUUACUGUGCCAGCAGCUUAGUUAUAUCUAUGAAGGAAACACAUAUCUCAACCAUCUAAGUUCACCAAAUCCCUUGCAUGGAGAGAGGGGUUUGCAGAACAUUGUUAGAUUUUUUGGGUGCCCUUAUCCAAUAUCCAGAGUUCUGUUGCGAUACUCAAACACUGGCAAGAUGCAGGAUAAUUCAGGGUCAAAACUUCUUUAG